AUGCCGAUUAUUCGAGUUAUGCGACCGAGUGGAGGCCACUUGGAGACCACAGUGGCGGAUGCCGAAGUGGCACAGCUCAUGACCAUUAAGGAUCUGAAAGUCUACCUGGCGGCAGCCGACGAGUCCAGACCACCCACAAGCUUGGUGCAGUUGUUUGAUCCAGGCAAAGCAAAACCGAAGCCGGACGAUGCUGGAAUUCCGCGGCGAGCAGUGAUCGAUCCGGACCCCAGCGUGCCACUGUUGCAGUACGUCAUCACGGACGAUGUGAUGUCCAUCCUUCGUCGUCGAGACGAUCAGACGGGCGAAUGGCCGAAUACGGACCAUGGCCGAGAGCAGCCUUGGAAGAUGUUUGAUCCCAAAGUGGCGGAAAAGGCACGGCAAAGCGGAUACCAUGUGAGCUGUGGAUUCCAGGGCUGCAAGGAGUUUAUUGAUGCCUUGAAAUGGGUCGUGCUGGGGCUCUCCCAGAGGAAAGUGAAUGAGAUCUAUGCCGAUGGAACCACGCUCUUGUCACGGAUGUGUCGAUGUACGAUCGAAUUUGGUCAGAAGUUGCAGGCCUUUGAAUUUGACACACUUCUGCUGGAGUUCAUCCAACUGGAAUCGCUCCAAGUCGACACCAUCGACCGAUCUUUAAGACUACUGGAAGAGGAGCAGGAAAAGCUGUGGCAUCUUCCGCAUGGAACUGAAGUCCUUCUGGCUCUGACGUAUCGAGACGCCGGCCGCGAGUGUUGGGCUGGGGCGUGGUGGCCUCAUGGCGAUAAUUUGCUGCAGUACAUCUUGGACCCAGUCUUUUGCUGGGUGCGGAGGACCGAUGUGGCGGGGAAGCUGUGUCUGGCGCUGGCGGAGAAGUUCCGUUUGGACGAGUUUUGCCAUUUGAACGACAACGGCUUUUGCGCCUUGAACUACACUGAGGGUUUGGUGGAGCAGGCCAAGAGAAUGGGAGAAGGAGAAGAAGAGUUGUGGCUCCAAGUGCGGGAGGCGAUCAAGUUCAACAUGAUCCAGCGCUUCCUAGAGCACCCAGGACCCCUCAAGCGUUUGGGCGAGAUCACGGACCAAUUGUGGAGCAAGAGCUAUGGAGGCACCCACGUGGCAGAGGUCUUAAGGGCCUUCGAGGAGGACUUGAGGCAGCGUAUCUACAGAGAGCAGAGCCUCCUCCACCUGCAUGACCUGCAGGUUUCAAGGCACACCAUUGAGGUGGAGAUCGAAGAUAUUCUGAGUGAAAACUGCAAGAUGCAUGCUGCCCGUUACGCACGCCCGGCGAGCCAGAGCAACGAGUCUUGUUCUGAAUCAGGAUAG